AUAUCAAUGGGCACAGCUAUCGUUUUUGAGAUUCAGUCUCGCACCUGUCAGAUCCAAACGCACAACUGAUUGCGAUCGACUGUUUGGUAAACAUCAUGUCGGACGCAGGUGUGAGGAAAAUCUGGGUGGAACUUAAACGCCUGGAUCUUGAAGAUACCCCAGAGUACAAAGUUACCCAAAGUAUACAAAUCCGAGAAGAUUACGGAUCAGAUGAGAUCAGGUCCAUCAUCAAGGAUACUUUUCAAUUGCAUGAUGAUAACAUGGUGUUGAAGCUGAGGAAUCAUCGAGGGUCUCUAAUGCCGAUCAGCUCUAACAUAGCUAGCAACUCAAAGUCUGUACCGUAUUCAUUAGAGGUUGUGCAGAAAUAUCAAAAUGUCAAGCCGAAAGCUAGAAGUGUAAAGAGGGACCGGUAUAAUGAAACGAUGAAGAAGAAGAUUGCUGAGAUUCUUGCGAGGAUAGAGAAGUUAGAAAAUGCCACACCUGAGCUGAAACAGCGACAGAAUAAGAUCAUCACAAUGGAAAUGGAAGAACUGGAGAAAAAACUUGGAUUCCUGACAAAACGAUUUCAUGAGGCAGACAACACGACAUGGAAAGGCAUGUUUAAGAAGAAUCCUUUGUGGUGAUUCAAGGACAAAACAUUCCAUUAGUCUGAAUAUGUCACGAAAGUUCAAAAUCAUCAUCAGUCAAAUGCUUUUUAAGAAGAUAGAGAAUGAAGCUGUGAUAGAGCUUAAAGUUUAAGCUGAUAACAAUAUGGUUGUGACAGCAAUAGUUUUUGUAUCCGUAAUAAUUGUAACCAGGGAACAAGGCAUUAGAUGUGAGAGGAGGUGUGUUCUCAUCUAUCUAUGGUCAGGAGGUGUUAAAUUGACAGUUCUCAUGUCAUACAUGUUUAAGGCUUUCUCCUUCAACAUAGUUUGGUGCCCCUGGUGUGACUGUCCCAAAAUUCUACUUCUGCUGUGUAGUUGAAGGAUGAAGAGUAUAUACGCAAUGUUAGUGUUGAAUGGUCACAGACAUUCAUAUGGAAACUCACACAUUGUCAUAUAUAUAUAUAGAUAUCAAAAAUUAUUUUAAUUUUCUGUCUAUCAUACAACUAUUAGGUCCUAAAAGACAAAACAUCACAAGGAAAAAAGCACAAAUGAAGGUAAAUUACAGGUAUCACCAGACUCCUCAGCAUUCCUAUACCUAUCAGAUGGUCUAUUGAGUAACCAGCAACAGACUGUAACUCUUACAAGAGAUAACUGGAAUUUGGUUGUCAUGACAAUGUAAUCCAAAUAUCAUAUGCAGAUAUUUUCUGUGAUAGAGUAAGGAUGUACAACCAAGUCAGCUUAAUACACAGAAAAAUAAACAAGAAAAUACAAUGUUUAAUAUUUUCAGGUGAAAUAACUUUUAAGGAAUAAAUGUAUAAUAGUAAUAAAUUGUAAUUAACCUACAGCAAAACUUUAGGUAAAAAACAGAGGCUACCUCAGAAAUGUUAUAGUUCAAUGGUAAAACAAAUUAAAUACAUGUAGUAUUGAAUGUCUAGAUAAGCUAACAAUGCUUUGUUCCAGUCAGACAUAAUAUAAGUCUGUGUGUGUGUAGACUAUUAUAUAACAGUGAACCAAUGCUGGUUAUGAAUCAGUUCCAAGUGGUCUCUGAUUCUGUGAUAUUAUCAGACUUGUACAGUCGUGAGGUGAACAGCCCUUUUGUAGAACCUUGUCAAGAUUAAAUGACCUGCAGACCUUGUGAGUCACAAUAAGAUCUCAGUGAAAUGACUAUAUUGAUAUUUCUUAUCAGAACGACACCUCUAUGUAAUUUGCUACUUUAUGUAGCAGCUGUACUAUUGUACAGUUUUACACACACAGUUUCACUCUCUAGUCAAUCUUUAUAUAUACUCUGUCUUUUGGUGCAUAUUACUUUCUACACAAGUUUUUACAUCUUCUGUACUACACAUUGAUUUGUAGAUGUAUGGUACAUGAUCAAGAAUUUCAUUGAAAGCAAUCUAGCAAGUCUAAGCCCAUUGUUGUUUUGUUACGUUAGAAAUAUUCAUUAUAAAAUAGAAUGAUAUAUUCUGUCUUCAAUAUCAAACAUGUAACUAUCUUUUGAUAUGAUAUGUUCACUCAAAAUAUAGACAAUGGUGAUGACAUAUAUUUUAUUUCAUAUGAGAUCUUAUGAAGCAAAUCUUAGACAGUUUUAUUUUUGCAAGCCUUAGCAAGAAAAAAUGAAAACUUCAAGCCAAGUUUCAUAAAACCUCAUAUAUAAUGAAAACAAAUUUAAGGUAGUCCAUAUCAAAUAACUCAAAUGUUACGUUUUGAGGGGUUUUAAAGUCAAGAUGCAAAGGACAGAGUCAAAUGGAGGCAGCUAUAUUGUUUGCACCAUUUUCCAUUCACAAUAUUGUCCAUAUUAUAACAUAACAAUCAAUUUCUGACAGACAGUGGAUUUUACACUAAUAACAUAUACGCAGAAAUAUAAUGUGUUCAUUAGUAAAAAAAAUCAUUGCAAUUGAACCAACUAAUUUUCAUGAUUAUUUUGGGGGUUAUUUCUAAGUUUUAGCCCACUUUAAUUUUGGGUCUGAUCAAAAACACAAAAUGGCCGACAGGUGGCUAUAUUGGGUUUUUAUAAAGAAGUUUGUUAUGGCUAUUCUUUGAGAAGCACUGGAUGGUCUCUCUAAAGUUCCAUAUGUAGGUUUCCCUUGGUCCCAAAAUGGCUGACACUUAGCCAUCUUGGAUUUUGACUUUGAGAGUUUAUCUCUGUUUCUAAAGAAGAACUGGAUGGAUCUAUGUCAAAUUUUUUAAGCAAGUUCCUUUUGGUCCGUAGUUGUGUCGGUCUUUGGACUGAUCAGAAUAUAAAAAUGUCUUCCAGGUGACCAUCUUGGAUUUGGUAGUUAAAGAAUAUUAUCUCUAUCUCUGCUAAAGACUCAUUAUCAUUAAGAGCAAAAAACAGUGAAGAGAUCAGAAGGAAAAAGAUUAGAUUUUCCAAAAACAAAUAAAGAUCAAUAAAUGAUGGGCACCAAGAUCCCUCUAGAAUCUCUUGUUUAAAGUUUAAAUAAAACUUAGAAAUAUAUAACCAUGAAAAUAUGUUAAUAUAACAGUGAUGUCAGAAUAUGCCUGUAUAAUGAUCCCUGUCUCAUCUAUGUAAACUUGUGCUGACAGUUGAUAAGUUACCUACAGAUUUACGCAUUAAGAGUUUUUAUUUUUGAUGACACAUGUAGAUAAAUAUAUGUAGUAACAGACUGAUAACAUGUUUUAAUUUUGUAUGAACCAAUGACACACACUGUAUAUGAUUAUGUGUAACUUUAGCUCUUUUCUGUACUGUUCUGUACCAGUUAUACCUUCAAUAUUCUAAUUAUACUAUGUCUUAUAAACAUUGUAACCUUUCCAAUCUGGCACAAGUUAAACACUAAUUUAGUGACAUUAUUCAGAUGUGAGAAUAAGCAGUUAAUAGAUACAUUUAUAAAGAAAGCUAGAUAGACAUUUUAUGUUAUGAUUAUGUUUCAGUAAAAAGACUUUAAGACAAAAUAGUGAAUUGCUAUGUUUCGUGAUGGUUGAUCUUGAAGUCUUUUAUGGUAUGGUAUAGUGUAUAACUCCACAGGGCCUGUAACAAUGUUUCUGGUUCAUAAGGGCUUGUUUGGUAUUGUAUGGUAUGGUAUAGUAUAAUUCCAUAGAGGCCUGUAAAACGUUUCUAGGGUAUGAGGGCUUGCAUGGUAUAGCAUAACUCCACAGAGGCCUUUAGUAACAUUCUGGGCCAUGAGGACUUGUAUGGUAUACUAUAACAAGCAGGUCCUUGUGUUCAGCGCUGUUAGUCUGUGAUGAAUUGUCCUUCCUGUAGGUAUUAGUUAUAUGUUGGUAUUACUAGAGUGUUGUCUGGUAGAAAAGUUAUAUAUAUAUUAUUCUCUAAUUUAUAUUACUACAGCAAAUUAUCUAUUUUUCUUGUUUUUGUUGUAUAUGAAUUCAGCUGGUUAUAUUAAAACAUAUUUAUAUCACUUCAA